CUCUGACAUCACUGUAGUUCAGAGAGAUUCAGAGAAAGUGAAACUAACUUGACCAACAACAAUAUGGACGCCUGAAACGAUCAACCUCUUUAAACAACAGAAUAUUUAUUGAGCCGUUCAAAGAGUCUUGUGGACACAUCUGAUCCUCACAGGCUUGAAGAGGGGAAAAACAAUGGCAGAAUCUUCACCAACAUCAACAAAAGAAAGAAAAACCAGGAGAUGGAGUAGAGAAGAACCUCCAUUGAUGUCAUCCUCCGGCGGUCCACUGACUGAGGAGCUUCAGUGCUCGAUAUGUCUGGAUGUGUUCACUGAUCCAGUCACCACUCCCUGUGGACACAACUUCUGCAAGACCUGUCUGAAUAAGUGCUGGGACAACAGCCAGACCUGCAACUGUCCAUAUUGUAAAGAAACAUUCAAGAUCAGACCUGAUCUCAAGAUUAAUAACACACUCCGAGAAGUUGUAGAUCACUAUAAAAAGAAAAGUCCUGAGAAAAAACCUGAAGUUCUGAAAAAACCUGAAGUUCUGUGUGACGUCUGUGAGGAAAGAAAGCUGAAAGCCCUGAAGUCGUGUCUGGUGUGUCAGAGCUCUUACUGUGAAACUCACCUGGAGCCUCAUUUGAGAGUGGCAGGUUUAAAGAAACACAAACUGAUCAAUCCUGUGAGGAAUCUGGAGGACUAUAUAUGUCUGAAACAUGAGAGACCUCUGGAGAUGUUCUGUAGAGAUGAUCAGACAUGUGUGUGUCCGAUGUGUGCUGUGAAAGACCACAAGAACCACAACACUGUUCCUAUAGAAGAAGAGAGUGAAGUAAAGAAGACUCAACUGAUGAAGACACAGAAAGACGUGCAGCAGAUGAUCCAGGACAGAAUCAAAAAGAUUCAAGACGUCAAACACUCAGCAGAAGUCAGAAAAAGAAACACAGAGGAGGAGAAAGCAACCCACAUCGAGCUCUUCACUGAUCUCAUCCGCUCCAUUGAGAGAUGUCAGACUGAACUGCUGGAGAUGAUGGAGGAGCAGCAGAAAGCAGCAGAGAAACAGGAGGAAGUGCUCAUUGAAGAGCUGGAGCAGGAGAUCACUGAGCUAAAGAUGAGAAACACUGAGCUGGAGCAGCUCUCACACACUGAAGAUCACCUCCACCUCCUACAGAUUCACUCAUCCCUGUGCAGCUUUAGAAACAUCAGGAACUGGUCUGAGAUCAGUGUGAAGACUGAUGAGACUCUGGAGCCUCUGAGGAGAGCUCUGACUCGACUGCAGGACACUCUACAGGAGAAACUCACACAAACUGUGCUGAAGAGGAUGCAGCAGUAUGAAGUGGAUGUGACUCUGGAUCCUGAUACAGCUCAUCCUAAACUCAUCCUGUCUGAUGAUGGAAAACAAGUGAGACAUGGAGACAAAAGACAGAAACUCCCAGAAAAACCAAAUAGAUUUGAUACUGAUGUAUCUGUCCUGGGAAAGGAGGGAUUCUCCUCAAGGAGAUUUUAUUUUGAGGUGCAGGUGAAGGGAAAGACUAAAUGGGAUUUAGGAGUGGCCAGAGAAUCCAUUAACAGGAAGGGGGAGACCCCACUGACUCCCAGUAAUGGAUACUGGACUGUGAUUAUGAGGAAUGGGAAUGAAUAUAAAGCCUGUGCUGGUCCUCCUGUCCCUCUGUGUGUGAGAGUGAAGCCGCAGCGGGUCGGUGUGUUUGUGGAUUAUGAGGAGGGUCUGGUCUCCUUUUAUGAUGUGGAGUCCAGCUCUCAUAUCUACUCUUACACUGGUCAGUCUUUCACUGAGAAGCUCUAUCCAUAUUUUAGCCCAUGCACUAAUGAUGGAGGUAAAAACUCAACUCCACUGAUCAUCACACCUGUCAAAUACAAUAAAUGAAUUUAUACCCCUGUGCUGAACAGCACAUUCCAGG